GAUCGAGGAGCGAAAGCCUAGUAGCACCCGAGCGUUCGUACGCGCCGGAGCGUAUAGAUACACGUUCCAAGCGAUCGGUAAUCCGCUCUAUAUCUUCUUUCUUUCUUCCUUUUUUUUUUUUGCAUUCGCAUUCGCGAUUCGCGAUUUCAAUUCCGGAGGACAAAUCGAGAGACAAAUCCGUCCGCGACUCGUUCCCGGAGGGAGGGAGGAAAAACGGACAUCGGACGAACUCAACGCGACGACGGAUCGAAGAGAUCGGCGAUGAUUGAUUGCAGUGUCGCAGCUUGGUGCGCAAUGCAGCCUGCCGGAAGUUAGCACGUGCGCGCGGGACCGCACUUUCUGCAGGGCGAAGAAGCAAGAAAAAAAUUGAACAAGCCCCACGUGAGUUUAUCAUCACCGAAGUGGCGGUCGCAGAAAGUUCCGACAUGAAGGAGUCUAAAAGAGACUGGAUUUUUAGAGUUCAGGUACCCAACCUGGAGAAAAAUGAAGUGGUCUAUGUGGUUGGAAAUUUACCUGAAUUGGGUGCCUGGAAUCACAAUCAGGCCAUCCAAAUGUCGCAGGAACAUAGCAGUCGGAGGGAAUCUCCUAUACUGUUAGAUAACAACAGUAGCGGGGAAUUCUAUGGCGAAGAUGGAGAUAAUGCAGCUGAUGGUAUCUUUGAAGAUGACGGGCGAAUAUUCUCGCAGAAGGUUGCACUUCCCAUCGACGCAAAUAUCGAGUUUCGAUAUUUUGUAGCUGUCAUCUGCCAAUCGAACGGCACUAAAAACUCAGCCAAAACUCUGAUUAUCCGCAGAUGGGAAACUCAUAUGACACCACGAUUAAUUAAAAAAAAUACACCAAGCAAUUUUGACAAUGACAACACAUUGCCAGAUCCCGACAAAUUUGGCUAUCACAAUAAUUACCACAAAAUCGAACGAGGUUGGCUGACAGAUGAAACUGUGAUACAAUUUAAACUUUUUAACAAUCCUACUAAACUGUGGAAGAAUCGGCUGCAAAAUAAACAAGUUCAUAUUAAGAUGACACCUAUAAAUCUAGUUAGGCAUAAUUCUUUAGAACUGCAACAGUUUGGAGGCGACUGUAUAGACGAUAGUCUUUCUAUGGAUACACAAGAUAUUGUUGAUCAACCCGCCUUUACCAGUAUUACAGAAAUUGCUGUGAUGAAUGAUGAAGAGGCUAGAUUCACGUUCCAGGAGCAAUUCGGCCGCCCUUACAAUGAAGACGAGUUUUUAAUCUUCAAUGUUGCCGUUCGGUAUCCUGAAACAAUCGGGUACUUAGUGGACUACUACGUGUACAGCUCAAGGUGUUUCCCAGGAGAACCGCCAAAUCACAUUGGUUUCAGCUACAUCUUGCCGUGUGCUUUGCAACCUAGCGUUGGACUUCUCACCAUACCAAUUACUAGUACAAAACAUAGACCCAUUGGCCAAUUGACAGUGGAAUAUGUCGUCAUAAAACCAAUACCGGAUCAUCCAUGGGAUAUGAGCAUCUCAUACGCGAAGCGUUGGGAGCAGCGUUGGUCAGGCUUAGACGUAGGACACAGAGGCCUUGGCACAUCUUUCAAAUUCGAAACGAAGAACUGUGCUAACGUGCGCGAGAACACAGUCGCAUCGUUGAAGACCGCGUCGCAUCACGGUGCGGACAUGGUCGAGUUCGAUGUCCAACUGUCGAAGGAUCUUAUACCUGUGAUCUAUCACGACUUUUACGUAUCCAUCUCGAUGAAGCGUAAGAAGCAGAUUGAAGCUAUGGACAUGCUGGAGAUACCCGUGAAGGAUCUUACAUUAGAACAACUUCAUUUACUCAAGGAUUAUUGUUACCCGAGGGACUCGUUGGGUAAGGUGCUCUAUUUCGUUGAUAAAGCUGAGCAGGGGGUUAACAGACUGGUCUAUCACGUGGCCGAAGGCCGCGAGAAGAAUCCGAGAUUCUUCGACGAGGAUUUGGAAGAUCAUCAACCCUUUCCUACGCUGCAAACGGUGCUGCAAGAGCUGGAGCAACAUGUUGGUUGCAAUAUCGAAAUUAAAUGGACCAUGCAAUUGAAGGACGGCACGUUCGAACUCAAUCAUCCCUUCGAUCUCAACAUGUAUCUAGAUAUUAUUCUGAAGGUGGUAUUAGAAUACGGAGGUGACCGGAAAAUCGUGUUUUCUUCGUUCAACCCGGAUAUCUGCGCAAUGAUCCGUCUCAAACAGAACAAGUAUCCAGUGGUAUUUCUAACGCAAGGCAUUACGUCGAAGUAUCCGACUUAUCACGACCCGAGAUGCCAAACGGUACCGAUGGCCAUGAGACACGCAUUAGCCGCGGAUAUCCUAGGAAUUAACGUCCAUACCGAAGACAUACUUCGGGAUCCGUCUCAAGUCAAGUUAGUCAAGGACGCGGGAUUAAUUAUCUUCUGCUGGGGCGACGAUAACAAUGAUAAGGAUACCAUCAAAUAUCUGAAGAAACUCGGCUUGCAUGCGGUUAUAUACGAUAAAAUCGAUGAAUAUAAUGCGAAAGAAGUGAAGGAGAGUAUAUUCUUAGUGGACGCUAGAGAAAGUCAGAAAGAGCUGAUAGCCUUGGCACACUGCAGUCAAACACCACAAACACAAAUCUCCACUCCCCUCAAUACAGAUAAGGAUUAUUACUCGAACCGACCAUCAACGACCACAUCGUUCUUGAAGAACAAUAUUGCCGGCGACAUGUAUUCCGUACCAAACAUGAAGUUGCCGACCAACUGCGAGGAGAGCAUAGAGAUUAAUGAGAUAACUAAGGAUUUCAGUGCCUGCGCGAACAGUUUCGGUCAUUCGGUAAAACCAAACGGCGUCUCGGGCGUGAUGUGUGGACAACCGGCUCCUCUAUCUGAGUUUUAUGGGGAAGACGAGGCGGCAAAGGAUUGCCUUUGAUGCUUUUCAUUUAAAAAGCCAUUCUUCUCGUGGUUUUGAUGGCGAACUAAGAGGAUCACCAAGAAGAAGAAUUCUACGCCAUGCGACGACAGGGAGAUAACUUUUUUGUAAUUUAUAAUAACGCUGUAGUUGAUAGGCCGAAAUAUUACCGAUGAUUCGUUCUGUACUUUGUAACGCUCUUAUACGGAUCGUUAUGCAGAUUACGGUAUAAAAAAUAACCCGGAAUCAAAACGAUCAAUGUUAUUCUGAGAUUUGCCAAAGGACUCAUUAUCUGCAUUCAAUAUUUAGCUUUAGAUAUAACUAUACGAUAUAGCCUAUUGUGUGACUGUGUUCUGCACUUAAAAAAAAAACACUCAGACUAGCCAUGUCUAAUAAUAACAAUAAAACUUGCAGAGAUUUCGAUAAGUUCUACUUGCAAAUCACAGGAUAACAUUGAUUAUUAAAUUUUAAAUUAUCGAUAUAACAUGUGAUGUGCGAAGAAAGAUUAUCCGAUUUACUCUUCAUAUUUUUCCAAUCGGUAUAUUUUUUCGGGCGUUAUACAAAAAGUGUGUCGGAAAAAGUGUAGCCGGAUACUGUUAAAGAAAUUGGGAUGUUUUGAUUGUUGAAAUCGAUUCUUCUUCAAUGAAAAAAUUAUUUGGAGAUUCCGAAUACAUUAUUCAAUUAAGUAGAUUAAUCUGUAAUCUGAUAUAUUUGAGCUCUUUUCCAAACUUUAUUCGAUAUCAGUAAUUUUUAAUCUAAAUGUUAAGGAUCUAAAAAUUCGAAAAGUCCAAGCUUUAAAGAAGCUAGACACGCAAAGAUUUAAAUGUUCUAGUUUCUAUACGUCCAAGCAUUAAAGUCUAAGUAUUUAAGAAUGUAGGUAUGUAAAGAUCUAGGAAUCCAUAGAUCUAAUUCAUUCGUUGAUCUAACGAUUUUCAACAAUCUGAAUACCUAAAAAAAAAAAUGGAAUUUUAAGAAUAUAGUUUCUCACUUACCCUGCGUUCGCUUUGACGUUUGCAGCGCUCUUGAAAUCAUUUCAUCCUUGUUUAUCACAUCAAUUUUUCAACAAGGACGAAUAAUGCUUUUACGAGCGCUAUGAGCUUCAAACUGUACGCAGAAUUAGAUUAUUUGCUGUUGCUAGAUUAUUUAUUCCUCGUGAAAAAAAAUUAAAAACGGGUUGUUCAAUCCAUUAGCUACCGGCAUACAACUGUUUCCACGCACUCCAUACGUGCACCUUAGCAAUUUUUAACGAGGACCUUCUCGGUGUGCUAGUGAAUCCUGCGCAGAAUGUAGAAAACGAUUCUAACUCCCGCGAGUCGGCGCGGGAGUUAUGUUUUUAGUACAAAUAUCUUCAGGUAUAUAUGUCUUUAUUUAUAAUCAGGAAGAAAACAAUUCUCUCUCUCUGCUUUCGUAUCUCUUCCGCUAUCGAUUCGGAUGAUUAUAAUACGCGAAUACGAGGGGAAAAAAAAGUACAGAAAAAAGAUGAAAGAGGAAGAGUGAGUAACGUUUGCUCGUUACUCGGAUUGCUAGUAAACUAAUGCCAUUAGUUGAUACGAUUUUUUACGUGCUGUCGAAAGAAAAAAAAUCGCGCCGAAUGCUCGAGAGAGCGAAUGAUCGCGUCGCACCUCGAAUUGCCUUUUUCGACAGCUGUAACUCGAGUUUUAAUAAGACCCGUAAGGCAAACUAGUUUUUCGUAGUCAUCAUAGGAAGGUACUUCAUGUUCAUUUAUUUAACGUCAUCACAUUCAACGCGUAAGAAUUCUCGUGACUAUUCGACUGGCGCGAACGUAUAAUCGAGGAAAAUAAAGAUGAAUUACGAAAGGAGUACGCACACACAUCUCGUUCUUUUUUUUCCAUUUUUUUUUUGUUUCGUCACAAUUUCAGACACUAACGGAGUCAGUGCGUAGUUUUGCUCAUUCUGAGUAGUAUCUUAAUGAUAACGCUGCGAUUAAUUUGCAGUCUCUUCGUGGUGUACGCUCGAGACGAGACGGGAAGCCUGGUGUGUUCAGAGAUCGACCGAGAUUCGCCCGAGGAACUUGCCAUACUUCGGAAAUACUCCAAAUACCUUUUUUCGAAUGUGGAAAGCUCUGUGGAGCAACGCGCGGUCGGUCUCUCGCCGUUUCGAGCGUACCAAGUGCGAUCGGAGGGCGUCGAACACGAGAAGCAUCAUUCGCUUUCUAUUAUAGCAAAAAAACAUUUUCUCCCGAACGCCAUGUGUUCCUUCGAGAGGAAAGUUGACCCUUCAACCGAUAGCUUUGUCCAUCCAUAGCUUAUUAGUGGCAUGAACGAGCCGAGCUCGUCGCACCGUCCGCUUCGACUUUUUGAUAUCACGAUUAACUCGCGUUUCUUUUCAUUGAAGACACACCUUCGCCGCGGAUAAAUGGGGAGCCAACACUUUGCGCUCGAAAACGCGCGAUGCUCUUGUCAACAACGGCACGAUCGGUCAGACCUUAAUUUGAGAAAAACAUUUGUCCGUCGACGCCGACUGAAAGAUUUGCCAUCUCGACACUUCCAGAUUGAUUUAUUGAUGAGAAAAUAGAAAUAAAAUCGCAAGAUUAUCCAACAAAUUAUUGGACAGCGAAAUUGAGAAUUAUAUUAUCACGCUUGCACGGUGCGAUUAAAGGAAAUAAAUUAACCGAGGGACCUAGAUAAGACAAAUAUAAGCAGCAGCUUUGCGCCACUGAUCUCGCGUGAAUGAUGGGGUGCGGGUUUUCCUGGGGAUACAUUAUAUAUUAGAAAUACUAAUUAUUGCUAUUAUUAUUAUAAGUAUAAUAACACCGUAUUAGCAUUGUCUCUCAUAGUGCGUCGAUUACUGUUAUAAUAAUUUAAUAAUAACACCUAUUGUUAAAGAUUAUACACUACACGAUAACGUAAUGCUGUUAUAUCAUUAUUAAUGUAGACGAGAGACACGGGAUGAUAGAAACCGGGUUGACGCUUCGCAGCGCAAAGGGUUGAUCUACCGGCUGAAGGGUUGAAGGAAAAAACGGACGUGCAGCGCGGCACGCCGUUGAGCGUCUUUGUAAAAUUUUUUCACGGGGAGGGUAACGUGCUGCGUACCGCAUUGUGGUAGCAAACAAAAAACAAAGAAGCUGUGACAGGCUGACAGAGCGAUUGUAUCAAUCGUCGAGACUCUAUGCAGUACAUUUGUUAAAGGCGAUUCCGAGGAAAAUACGCGAUACGUUACUUCGAGAUCCACGCCGCUGCGCAAUGCGAAGGAGUGGAUACAUAUCUGUUCUCUUUAUAUCUUUUCUUUUUUUUCUCCAGUCGCCCUGCCACCGAGGCCGAGCGUUACCCUUUAGGUUUUUAAACCCUUUGCGUCCAACGCAACUGGCGACUAUAGAUGCGCGGAUGCGCAUUCCCCCUUGCCGAGCAAGCUCCAAAAUGACGCGAUUUAAAGACUCCGACAAAUCGAACGGCUGACAAUGCGGAACGCUGAUCAAAUCGGGGAAAUCACCGCAGGCUUUCUUAUCGACGAUAAUUAUUUUUUUAUAGAAACGGCGAGUACUGUAUUAAUAAUUAGCAUUAAUAAGCGUGUAAGUGGGACGAUGGGCGGCUUGAGGAGGGACUCGGAGCUUAAAUGUCAUCGAGAUUCGAGUGCAGCGUGUAUUCCGAGAUAACGGCAUAAAAAUCGCGAUUUUACGUGCGUCGGGAAUUUGUAAUUAAUACAGGAUCGAGUUUAGAGAAAAUUUAUAUGCGCGCGUUUUACAAGAGCUAAGUGUAAAAAUUUGUUAUAUAUUAUGUAGGAACUUGCCGUUCCAGUUUGAUUUUUUUUAUUUUUAAUGACUUAUUGUACUUCUUGUGAUAAGUGUAUAUAGAUUUCAUCCCGAAUGAGAGAAGAAUCUAAAGCCGACGCCCCGAGUUGAAAUUGAAAUACUCAAAAGCAACCUUUUCUCAUUUUCCUAUCUAUUGUAUAUUAACAUAUCAGUAUACAUGCGUGUAUAUUAGAAGUGAACGAUUCGUUUCUCCGUCUGUUUAAGUUCUGAGUAACUCCGUGCGUCAGUAAGCGAACUUUAGAGAAGUUUUGCGAACUUAAUGUUGUUUCGGUCUUCGAGCCGUUUUAAUCGAUAAACUCUCGAGCAUAUAGUUAAGAUUUCUAACGAUUGUCUAUCCCCACUUCUUUCCUCGUUUAUGUUACACGACACAACGAUCGAGAAGAGUUGAAGUAAUUUAUUCUUGCCGAGAUAAUAAAACAUUUGUAUUGUCAGAAUA